AUGGGCCUAAAUCAUUUCAUUCUUUUCUUUUUUCUAGGAUUAGUUCAGUUCUCUCUGGGAAAAAGAUGCCUUGGCUGCCCUAAGAAUAUAGACAUACAUGAUCAAGAACUCCAUGAUUACUUGAGUAAAAAACUUCAUGACCUAAAGGGAGUUAUUCCUAAAGGAACAGUUACUGAGACGGAAUUGGAGUUGGUUCGAGUAAAAAAUGCACAAGAACAGGUUGUUUCUGGAAUACAAUACUCCUAUCAAUUUGAAGCAAUAGGACUGAAUUCCAACCAAAUGUAUGACUGCAGUCUCAAAGUGCUCAGGCAACCUUGGUUGGGGCCAGAUAAAAUUACUGAAUACUCUUGUAAUCUUCUCAUUUCAAAUGCAAACAGAAGGCUACUUCCUGGAGGAGAAAUUAUUAUUGACGUACACAAGGAUAAUGAACUUGAAGAAUUGAAAUCAUUUAUCAGUCAAGAAAUUGGCAAGGUUCAACAUUCAGAAUAUCUGAUGAUUGUCAUGCAGUAUUUAAAAGCUACAAAGCAGGUAGUGGAAGGAAUACUAAUUAAAACUACAGUGCAAAUUGGAAUUACGAAUUGUCAUCUGAAACUUAAUUCUGCUGAUGCUGACUGCCAACAUAAAUUACAAGGUCACCAAGUUUGUGAUGUCCAAGUGUGGUUAAAGCCCUGGAUGAAGUUUAAGCAAGUAACUGUGGUUCAAUGUCAACCAUUGCAGUCCAAUUACUUUGAGAAGUGUGCCGGUUGCCCUAUUGAAAAAGAUCCAAACAGUGCUUUCAUCAAACAAUCUUUAGAAAAAACAUUAUACAAACUCAACAAAGAAUCUCACACAAGCCAAAAACUAUCUCUUGUCAAAAUCAACAAAGCUACAUCCCAGGUCAUAAAUGGAAUCAAACUUACAGUAUAUUUUGAUGCACAAGAUGCAAAAUCUCACAGAAAAUAUACCUGCAAAGCAGUAAUUAUUUUACCUCCAUCAAGCUCAGAGGAACAAAUAGAGGAUGAAUUUAAUUGCACCCCGGUUUCAGCAUACUGA